GUCAGGGAUUUACACAAUGGGGGCAACAGAUGCUGUGGGUUUGUUCAGGUAUAAAAGUAUCAGUUAAAACAGGACCGACAUCAGUGUUCCAGCAUCACAGUUCUCUGAACCACAACAACUGCAACCAUGAACAUGGGAAAGAUCACCUUCUACGAGGAGAAGAACUUCCAGGGUCGCUCCUAUGAGUGCAUGAGCGACUGCUCUGACAUGUCCUCUUACCUGAGCAGGUGCCACUCCUGCAGGGUGGAGAGCGGCUGCUUCAUGGUGUACGACCGUCCCAACUACAUGGGAAACCAGUACUUCAUGAGGAGGGGCGAGUACUCCGACUACAUGAGCAUGAUGGGAAUGAGGGACAACAUCAAGUCUUGCCGUAUGAUCCCCAUGCAUAGAGGCCAGUUCAGGAUGAGGAUCUACGAGAGGGAGAACUUCGGUGGUCAGAUGCACGAGCUGAUGGACGACUGUGACAACAUCCAGGACCGUUACCGCAUGUCCGACUGCCAGUCCUGCAACGUGAUGGACGGCCACUGGCUGAUGUACGAGCAGCCCCAGUACAGAGGCAAGAUGAUGUACAUGAGGCCCGGAGAGUACAAGAGCUUCAGGGACAUGGGCAUGAGCGGCCAGAGGUUCAUGAGCAUGAAGCGUAUCACCGAUAUGUAAAAAGAGGAGUGAAAAUGUUUAAAUAUGCCAAAAUAAUAAAACUUUUUUGACAAAAUG